ACUCCAGUGUGGGCGCUUUUCCCUUUCUACAGAUGGACACCACCAAGAUUAAAAGAGGAAUUGUGAUUAAAGAUGACUGGCCUGGAUACAGCCUGGACCUGUUCACAUACCCCAAACACUACCAUGAAGACAUCGAGAACGUUUACAUUCCACACGGGGUGAUCAUGAACAGGAUAGAGCGUCUUGCCCACUACGUCAUGGAGGACUUUGGGAACAGCAACAUCAUGGUGCUGUGUGUCCUGAAAGGAGGGUACAAGUUCUGUUCAGACCUGGUGGAGUUCAUAAAAGUGCUGGGACGAAACUCCAACAAGUACCUGGAGACGCGGGUGGAGUUCAUCCGUCUGAAGAGCUACCUGAACGACCGUUCCACAGAGGAGCUGCACAUCAUCGGGAGCAGAGAUCUGUCCUUCCUGCGAGGAAAGAGUGUGCUCAUUGUGGAGGCCAUAGUGGACACAGGAAAAACCAUGAAGGCUCUUCUAAAGCAUGUGGAGACCUUUGAACCCAAGAUGGUCAAGGUCGCAGGUCUGCUGGUGAAGAGGGUCCCAAACAUGGCCGAGAGCCUGACAGACUAUGUUGGAUUUGAAAUCCCAAACCGCUUCGUGGUGGGUUAUGCCCUCGACUACAAUGAAUACUUUCGAGACCUGAAUCACAUCUGUGUCAUCAGCAAGACUGGGAAGAUGAAGUACAAGGUUUAAUGAGAAUUAAAACCAUAAGUAAUACAUCUGCAACGCAAAACUGCUCAUUUACUUCGUUUAACAAGCAGUU